AUGCCAGGCGGCCUCGUCACGCGCCGUACCCAGUUCUCCAGCUGCGACGAGUGUCGCCGAUCGCGCGUUGCCUGCGACGCGGCCCAGAGCCGCAACGCCGCCGCUGGAGAAGCGCCCGCCUCUUGCACGCGCUGCCGCAACCGCCACAAAUCAUGUACCUUCAAGUGGAUCCAAGAUGCCAAAGCGAGCGGCGGCGGCAGCUCUGGUGGAGCGAAGCGCAAGGGACGUCGCAGGAUUGCAUCUCACCCCUCAAGUGACACGUCGUCGACCCAGGGUAGCAGAGCUUCCGCGGGUAAUGAGGGGUUUGCCCUCGGCUCUGAGCGCGGUGCUCACCGGGAGAGCCUGACAACCUCGGUGUUGUCGACUGGUUCAACUCCGUUUGUUGCGCCCUCGCCGACAUAUUCGACUAUUACGGCGCAAAACACGGGCCUCCUUGGUGAUGCUGACUCUAAGUGGUUGGAGACCUUGUAUAGGGAAGGCUUUGAAGCUGUGUUCGGGUCGUGGAUGGGGAGAUAUAGCUGCCCUUUCUUGUUUGGACAUAACCUCGCCGACAAGUAUGUCAGCAUCUCAGACCUCUGCUGCCAUCUCGAUGGAUGCAUGGCUGAUGCCGCCGCAAACAACGGGCAGUCACCAGGGAGAGGGAGCCAGAGGUGUUGCUUGAUCGAGCAAUCACUUCAGAGCACCAUUGCCUCAUUCUCUGCACGAUGGCUGCCCAUUAGCUCUCGAACCGCACUUUCAGACAACGAUUACCGUGUACUUGUUCAAGCUCUCUGGCGGCAUGCACGAAGAGACAUGCUUAGAAUCAUCAACAGACCUUCCUACCGAUCAAUGCUAUCGCUUCUUCUGUUUGCCCUGACUCCGAUUCCAGACGGGAUCUCGGAGGAGGAAGAAGCUGAUGGCAUCUCGGGACAAGCUUGUGUCCACGCAGCUUUGCAGCAGAUCCAGACUCUGAGGGCUCGACAGAAGAAUCUUCAGUUCAGUGGCUCCAAGGUCUCCCCAUCACUCAAGUCACAAGGCAUAGUCACAACACCAGAGUCGAUCGAGACAUCAGGCUUCAUCAAUGCCGAGAGCACUGCAUACUGGGCCGCCUUGACGUUUGAUACCUCGGCUUCCUUGACACUCAACUGUCGUCCUCUGCUUUCUUCAGGCUUAUUUGGAUUCGAGUCUGAACUGCCAUGGCGACUAGUCAGAACCUGUGCCAAAAUGUUUGACGAGACUGCGCAGCAUUGGAGUCGAGGAAGUUCUGACAUGACGGACGAGAGGGCGAACCAGAUCAUCGCCGCAGGAGCAUCUUGGAAGUUGUUGGGAUGGAAGUUGACUGCCAUCUUUAAAGAGGCACUCCGAGAUGGGCAUGACGAGUCUGAAGUUCGCAAGGCCUACCUGGCUGUGGUGGACUCCAUCAAGCAGUUUGGCACAGUCUACCGUCCGCUUCUUGAUGAGUGUCACAAGCGGAUGCAGUUUCUCGGACAGCAAACCAAGCUCCGAUGGUUUUCCCUCAUGCUUCACUAUCAUCUUAGCAUCUUGAUGCUCGUCGAUGUGAUUGAGGUCACAGAUCGUCAUGACCUACUAGCUGAUAUAGCAGACAUCAGCACAGACGCCGAGAACACUGUCAUGAAUACUCUGGCCUUUGGUCUGCACAAUACUUUUACACUGAGGCGACCGCCGGACCCGGACACCCUUGGUCAAGAGGGAGCUCGGGAGACAACUUUUACGGUUCCGAUCGUAUCCGUAGACCCCUAUCCGCACCAUGCUGUCGCGGGUGUGCAGCUUCUACGGAAGGCUAUUGACAGAGACUUUGGGGUUGGCAAGAUAACGGAUGAAACGUAUCAAAGCUUGUUGUCAACGCUGGAGCGAACGCUGAAGCAUCUUCCGCAGAGCUCCAAGUCUGUGCAGGCGGCUAUUGCCAAGUUCUCUUUGGGAGCACAGGAUGAAGCUGACGUCGAGAGGCGUUAUUCGGCUGCGAUUUUGGGUGUGCAAUAA